AUGAGAGCUCCACGCUCGCUACCUCCUGCGCUGACAACCAGCUCACGUAAGUGGUGUGGGAGUGGUGGUGGGAGUGGUGGUGGGAGUGGUGGUGGGAGUGGUGGUGGGAGUGGUGGUGGUGGGAGUGGUGGUGGGGAGAGUGGUGGUGGGGGGUGUGGUGGUGGGGGGAGUGGUGGUGGGGGGAGUGGUGGUGGGGGGAGUGGUGGUGGUGGGAGGUCAGACAAACAUCAAGGAGCUACACUGGCAUCCGCACAUCACGGGAUUCUGAUUUCCACUGCUGCUGCUUUCACUACAUUACUUCCUGGACUUCGCUGUUCAACACCUCGUUCCGCUCCCCUCCUUCCCCUUCGUCGCCCUCUCCCACCCCCUCUGCCACCAACUGCAGGGGUCAGACGGACAUAA